AUGACCGGGGCACCUCGAACUCGUUUGCUUCUUCUUCGACGUGAUCUUAGACUUGUGGAUAAUCCUCUUUUCCAUGCUCUCUCUAAAAUAAAAGAUCACACACAUGUCCUUCCAGUUUACAUUUUUAAUCCACAGCAAAUUGAAACGUCUGGAUUUCUAUUACCAGAUACAAAAUCACCAUACGUCGAAGCCCGUAGUCGCGUAGCCGGAUUUUGGAGAUGUGGGCCUCAUAGAGCAAAAUUCGUUGCAGAGUGCGUGUGGGAUUUAAAAGAGAGCUUGGAGAAACUUGGGAGUGGUCUCGUGAUUAGGGUUGGAUGGGGCGGCGAGGUUGUAGGUGGACUAAUGGAGGAUAUAGAUGGCAAGGAAAGCGCAGAGGCAGGAAAGAUUGUGAGUGUCUGGAUGACGAGAGAUCAUGGUAGCGAGGAGAUGAGCGAAGAAAACGGGAUCAGAAAGCUCGUGGAGAAGAUUGGGAAGGGUACAAUUGAAUUCAGAGUCUUUGAGGAUGGGAGUUAUCUUAUUGACCGAGAGAAUCUUCCUAUGAAGCCCAACGAGGUUUCAGAUGUUUUUACACAGUUUCGAAAGACCGUCGAACCUCUCCGCGAUAAUGUUCGAGACCCACACCCUCAGCCAAUUUCAAUCGCUCCAAUUCCACAUUAUAUCUCAGCCCAAAAGCCGCCCUUCGCAAUCCCUGACUCUCUUGGUGGUCUUAUUUCUUCACUUCUUAAACCGCUUCAGAACCUCGAUCUUCCUGGCUCACCAUUGCAGACACCACCCGGUGCAAAAACAGCACAUCCCUUCAAAGGCGGCGAAACAUCUGGUUUGAAACGAAUUGACCAUAUGCUAGCAACUGGAGCGAUGACAACAUAUAAAGACACCCGUAACGGUUUACUAGGCGAAGAUUUCUCGUGCAAGUUUGCUGCAUGGCUUGCACAAGGCUGUAUUUCCUCAAGGACAAUUAAUAAAGCUAUGUUUGAAUUCGAAGAGGGACGCCCUUGGAAACCCAUACUAUCGCUGCCGAAUGGCAAGAGUGAAAACGAACCACAUCCCCAAGGAUAUGGAAAGGGAGAAAAUAAAGGAACUGCAUCCAUUCGCUUCGAAUUACUGUGGCGAGAUUAUUUCCGUCUCUGUAUGCUUAAAUUUGGACCCAAAAUCUUCUCUCAGGCCGGGUAUCGGGGUGACACAAGUUACUACUGGAAGACGUUAUCAGAUCCUGCUGCAAAAGAGGAUUUUGGGCGAUGGCAGAGAGGAAAUACCGGUAUGGGUUUAGUCGAUGCGAGCAUGAGGGAACUAUACCUUACAGGGUGGACAAGUAACCGGGCUAGACAGAAUGUAGCGAGUUAUUUGGCUAAGAGAAUGAAAAUGGACUGGAGAUUAGGGGCAGAGUGGUAUGAGUGUAUGCUGGUGGAUUAUGAUACCAGCAGUAAUUGGGGGAACUGGCAAUAUACUGCUGGCGUUGGAAAUGACCCAAGAGGAGAAAGCCGCGUAUUCAACCAGGUCAAGCAAGCGCAUGACUACGACCCCAGUGGAGACUACAUCAAAAAUUGGGUCCACGAGUUGCGGGGAAUUCAAAACAUUAACGGUAUUUUUCAAUCUUCGAGGCUGACUAUGUCUGAAAGGGAUAAAGUCGUGGAUUUUAGUAAGGAUGGGAAAAUUAGUGUACAGAAUCCUUUAAUUAGGAUUGAUUAUGCCGGAGCAAGUGGUGAUAGAGGCGUUAGAGGCGGUAAAGAUAGUAGGGGUAGUAAAGGUGGCCAUGGAAGGGUGGUGGUGGUGGUGCCGGUGGUGGUGGAGGCGGAGGUGGAGGUGGGAAAAAGAAUAGAGGUGAGGUAA